AUGUCUAAAACUUCAUUAGAGGAAACUAUUCGUAAAAUCCUCCAAAGUGAAUUUAAACUAAUUUUUCCUGCAAUAUUCUCCCCAAAUGCUAAUUCUGAUUCUAGUCCCGUUGUGUCCGAACAAAUACAGGAAAAGAUAAAUAACACCUCUCCAGGUUCCAAAGAUUCAACUCCGGAUGAAGUCUAUUUCGCAAGACUCACAAAACUUAAGUGA